GGCCGGUCUCCGGGCAACCAGAACGCGCACCGCGGAGCGCGGCCGGCGGCCAUGGAUACCCCUGCAGAUGUACCGUGGGGAACCUUCCAACCGGUUGUAUCAUUGUCUGGUAUGGAGGGGCCACUGCACAGGAUUGGAAGAAGCUGCAGAAAGUUGUAAACCCUGCCAGAUCCAUUGUGGGUACUAGCCUCUCCGGCAUUGACCGAUGCUUCAAAAAGGCAGCAUUCAUCAGUAAUGACCCUCAUCAGCCAGGACAUGCCCCUUUCUUAUUGCUACCAGCAAAGAGGAGGUACAGGAACCUAAAGGCACACCCUGAUGGAUAAUGAACCCUCACUAAUGUUGUUUCCUCAAAUAUGUUGUCCAGAACUGGAGAAGAGCAGGAAAACAAAGGACCAGAAGAGCUCACUGAAGAGGAUGCAAAGAUGAAGGAGUCUAAGGAUUAUUCACUUUUUGAAUCUCUGUGUGACACUGUCCAAUCAUCACUCGUACUACUGCAGAACAGCAUUGGAGAGCUUCUUGACUUCAAGGAUCAAAUGAUGAAUCAUCCUCUUCCUAGCAACCUCCUGGCUCAUUUAGUUGUUACGACAGGGAAAAUUUUCCGCAGUGCUUCUGACCUGUUCACUCCGACCACCGAGCUUGUUCGUCUUGCACGAUUCUAUGCCACUCCAUGGGAACAAAAGAAAGAAAUCCUGGAGCACAUAUAUGUGAAUCAUGAGAGGAAAAAGCAUCAGCUCAGUGUAGCACUGAGGAAAUUGCAGCUACUUGAUAGUCAGGCCAAGUGGCUUGCUCGGGAACGACAAAUCUUGAAUUGGGAGAAGUUAUUUACAAAGCUAAUGACAGCUAAGACCCAUGGGAGACGGUGGAAAUUUCGACUAGAAUAUCUGAAAAGGAAGGGUGAGCUGAGCUCAGAGUCACAGACUUUUAUGGGGAGUCCUAUUUAUCCAGAGAUGAGCGAUGGACAGAUUGACCCCAAGCAGCGUGUAUUAAAAGAGGCAGAAUCCUUAAAGAGACUGGUUAUCAAAGAGCAUCAAGAGGCUGAUACAGAGGAAAGCAAUGAGGAAGAAGACAGUGAUUUGGAGCAGGUCGAGGCACAGGGAGAGAGAGGUGGAGGUGCUGUUUUAAAGAAGGACACCAUCGAUGGUGAAACACAGACAGAACAGCAGACAGAAGAGCAGGGUACAUGGACAGGUGAUCCUCUUCACACCAGAUUUGCCUGCUUGUCUGCGACCAAGUUUUAUGGCUGCUUUGAGCAAGGACUGUCUUGCUUACUAACAUAUCAACGGGAACGUCAGAAGAUUCAGCUUGUUCAGGACCAAGCAAGACAGAAUCACAAAGCACCAAAACAAGUCAAAAUAAAUGAAAGCCAAAAUGAUUUGCCUGUUACUGUGUCUGUGUCUGGAAUUUUAAAAGCUUCAGAAGCGCCAAACAGUGAUUUUGCAAACACAGUAGUGGAGCAUGUGUUGAACAGUGGUCAAGGGGCAAAGUUUGAAAUGGUGAAGGGUUCUGCUGUAGUGGAGGUGCUGCUUUUUCAUGAUCAGAAGGGAGUGAUUGCUGAAGGGGAGUUCAAAUUGCCACAGGAUAUGUUAAUGCAACAGAAACUUGUCAGCGACACAGAAAUUCAGCUUUUCACUCCUGGGUCUGCACGAUCACCACCAAGAACCGUUGCAGCCUUAUGUCUCAGCCUUUGUGUCGAGGAGCUGGUGGAAUCAAUGUGGAAAGACCAGUCCACUGAGGCUUGGAGUCUAGAAGAAGUUAUAUUGGAUGCCACAGGGAUAGAUCUGAAGGAAACCAGCCAGGAUGAGCUGGAGAAAUGCCUCAGGAAACCGGAGCUAAGAGAAAGCUGUACUUCUGCCAUGUCAUGGGCUUCCUCUUCCAUGGUAAAACCUGGGUUUGUUCCUGAUGAACAAGUGCAACUAUUGAUAGAGGAACACAAUCUCCAGCUUUCCCAGCAACAGGAAAUGCACCAAAAGCAAAUGAAGAGCCUUCUGGAGUCUUUCAGAUCAUCUAUACCAGACAUUCCACUCGAUCAUACUUUCUUGACAGAUGAGCUAGAGAAGAUUCCAAGAUCAGAGAAUGCACAAUUAACAACUGAGAACCGGGAUUAUGAGACAAAGGGAGGACAGGCACUGAAUCACUCUGCUCGAGAUAUCAGAUCAGCACAAGGUGGUCCAAGACCCCCACCGAAAAGUGCUGCUACAAGACAAAAGAUUAGCAUGAGUAAGAGUCUUCUGCUGAAAAAGAAGUUCCCAGUGAAUGUUUGGGAGAGGAUGAAAAUACUGGAAGAGAAUAUGUGGAGAAAUAAACACAAUACAAUUGAAAGGCUUCAGUCCGAGACAAGCAGCAAACUGGAGAAACAGCUCUCAGUUCAAAAGAGGCUACAAGUGCAUUCAGACAACAUGGAAAAUGAUAGCAGAAGCAAAGUAGAUGAAAUCUGCUUUCCAGCACUGUUCAUGCCAAUGAGGCUCAGACAGAUAUAUACGCCAAAGGCUCGUUUGUACUUUCAUCCAUCAGGUUCAGCAGGCUUCUAUCGCCUAACACAGGCCCCGUCGGUAAUCAGCCUGCCUCCCCUCGGCAGUAGCACUAGGAUGUCUGUUCUGAAUCUGUUGAACCCAAGCAUCACAUUGCCUGUGACUUCAGCUGGUCAGGAUGACCAUAACCCUGAAGAAGACGGGACUGUGCUAAACAGGGUGACACCUGAGCCAUACCCCAUCUAUGAAUCUUGGGCAGGUAGCAUGAGCUUACCUGAAGAGAGAUAUUAACUGAACCAAGAUUCUGAAGGUUAGAGGGCCUUGACUGAAUCUAUUGUUGGUGCUAUUCCCCUUAUACAUUGUGUUUGAAGCUACUGCCUCAUGUUGGGGUAUGGAUUCUAUACAGCUGAUUUGACUGAAUGGUUAUAAUUGGUGGAGUAGAGUACAUGUAACAACAUAUUUGUUACUGAACUGGUGUGAAGUCACUAUUAGAGUUCAACCACUAUUGUUCAGGGAUGACGAGUUCAAAUCCCAUCACAGCAGCUGGGAAAUGUAUAGAUAAAUCUGGCAUAGAAAGCUACCAUGAAAUUUCCAGAUUAUAAUAUAAAUCUAUCUGGUUCAGGGAAGAUAAGUCCUCCAUAUCUAGGCUUACACGGAUGUGUCCCUUUAUCCAUUAAUGAGGUUUACUCUUAACUGGUCUCAAAUGAGACCUGUAACGGAGCGGGAGCAUUUUAAUUGCUGCUUUGCCAGUAAGUGAAUGAAACCAAAAUGAUUAAUAUGUGAGCCUAAAUUUUCAGUGUUUGUAAGUUACUUGUGGAGAUAUUGCAGCCAGAACUCUUGCUGUUCUCACCUGAUCAUCACAUACAGACACAUUCAAGCAACAAUCUGAAAAGGAAUCAUUACUUAUUUCUCAUCACCAGCAUACCAGUGCCAAUUAUCAUGCCAUACCAUUGCUGCAGCUGAACUCAGCAUGAGUACAAUUUUGUUUCUAGGCAGGCACUUAGAAAACUAAAGUUACAAAGGUAAAUGCUUCAGUGGCACUGUGUCAGUUUUUUUAAUACAUAUUUGCUUUUAUGAGCAGAGAUUUUCUACCUUCUGACUUGUUCUUGAGGGCUGUAUCUUUUAAAUGUCUGUUCUGAUUUGGUACAGAAAAUGAUUGAAAAAAGAUAGAAUAAAUUUGUAUGAAUAAUGAAAAAGGUUUCUAUAAGAAAUUAAGGAAGAGAAUAGAAACAUUAAAAAAAAUUGUAAGUCCUGUUUUUCAAAAAGGUAGCAGUAAAUGUUUCUCUAGAUUCAGAAACCAACCCAGGAGAUUGGAAGGGAACAAAUUUAACACCUUGAUUCAGGAAGUUCUCAGGUCAGAUUCAAUAUUGGAGUCAAUUAUUACAGAAGUGGCAAACGUUCAAGAGGAAUAUUUGCUUGACCAAUCUGAUAGAGCUUCUUGACAAUACUGAAGAUAAAUAGCAAGGUAGAUUAAAGCUAAACAGCAAAUGUGUAUUUCAUUUUUAAAAAGGUAUUUGACAAAGUGCCACACUAAGUGUUGGUAUCUUAAAUUAAGGGUUCCCAGAGUUCAGAGUAAUAAACUACUCUAGGUCAAGAUUCAGAUUUGUCACAUCUACAUUGAAAUGUCAGAGAAAUACGGCAUUUUCAUUAACAACCAACACACUCGAGGAUGUGCUGGAAACAGCCUGCAAGUGUUGCCACACAUUCCAGCGGCAACAUAGCAAGAGUAGAACGAGCCCUGUUCCUACUUCCCAUCCACUGAUCCAUGUCCUUUAACCUCAGAACAGGGUGUCUUUGGCCUCCAGCCUCACACGUUUCCGGUUUGUCAAAUUUUAAACUCAUGAGCCUUGUUGAAUACUAACUGCUAGCAUUUCACACAAAAUAAUUCAGCUUCUUCCAUGUCUGAAGAAGCACAAUUAGUAUCUGGAAUGGAGAUCAAAUACAGGAUAAUUAAAACUUGCUCUGGCAUUCAAUGCAUACUGGCCCAAGUUGAAGUUAUUUAAUGAUGAGACUGAAUAUAACAGUGAUUUCAUAAAUGAUGUGUACAAAUUAGAACAAACAAGAAAAAUAAAAGCAAGUAAUGGAUAUAAUGCUUGUUUUUCAGAUUUUGAUUGCAACUAUUUUUUUACAAGCUAUUGCACCCUCCUCCCUUCCCCACCCCUGCACUGUGUGUCCUUAGCAACACUAGGGCUUCUCCCAGAACUUCCAGGUAGUCAAACUGAGCCUAGUUGAACCUUGUACUUCUCCACAUGUGCUACUUCUUGUCCAGUAUUUGGAGAGCCUACAGCUCAGAAGUGAAGGAAGGUGGCAGAAUAGUUGAUUUGAAAGAGAGGCAGACAUUGGUUGCGAGACACGAACAGGGAGGAGUGAGGAGAGAGAGAGAGAGAGAGAGAAAGAGGGAAGGUGAUUGAGAGCCAGAGAAAGGGGAGGGUACGAACAAGGGCCAAUAUAAAGAGUAGAUUGGGAGGAGAGCUGGGGGUUUUUAACUAUUAAUUUUGUAGUAAGGUAUUGUAUGUGUAAAUGUAUGCAACGCAUACGAUUUAAGCCAUUAAGUUCAUUGAAGCUGUGUAGUUAUUUUUAUGGAAUUACUGUUACUAUAUUUCAAACAAUUGUCCCUCCUCCAGAGAAAACAAACCCAGCCUCUCCAAUUUUAUAACUGAAAUGCUCUAAUCGAGGAAACAUCUGGUUAAUCUGCUCUGCAUCUUCUCCAAUGCAAUUACAUCCGUCCUACUGCAACAGUAUGCUCCACGUGAGGCUGAACCAGUGUGUAAUUAAGUUGCAACAUAACAUUCCCGGCUGUCAAGUCAAAUUUACUUUUAUUUGGCAGAGCGAAACCGUUGGGGCAGCGUUGUUUCGUCCCUUGAUGUGAUUAAAAAUUGUUCUAAAAUCUCAGCAUUGUGUUAUUGACCAGAAAAAAGUGCAUUAAUUUCUACACCAAAAUGUCCAUUAUUAUUUAUGACUGAUAUUGACGUUGUUGUCAGACUAGGUUAACACCAUGUUAAUGUGAUCUUCAUCCGUGUAACGCCUACUUUUUGGAUG